CUUCAGAACCAUUGUUGUCCCGGUCCAUUCGAUUCAGAAAAAAAUUCUGAGUAGGAAACAUAAAGGAUCAGUCCAUUUUAUGCAAAUCUGGCCAUAUCCAUAUAUUGCGAUUUUACCCUACAUCGAUCUGCUGUGCCGCGGCCGUCGACGCGAACUCAUCCCGUUCAACCGUCUAUCCCUAUCCGAGCCGCGACGUUUCACAGAACGGGAUUAUGCAAUCGUUUCGACGUUGGAGCCAUGGGUGACACUUCCCGUGGAAGUGCUGCGCCGUCAAUAUCCCGGUGGGGCGUGGCGGUGGUGGCCCGGGGAACUGGUGAAACUGACAGGGACGGGACCAUCCUUUCCGUGUGAAUACUACACGGUGGCUGUCGUCAAGGGGCAGGAGGACAGCGGGGCAAUCUGGGCGGACAUCGUCCCCAAGCACCGUCUCCGUUAUCCGGUGCUAGAGGACUCGUGCCCGGAUGUCCCACGGGUGUCGGCGAUGACGCGUCUGCUGCCAAUUGGACCCUAUCGCUUUGUCAAGCGCAGCAUGCCGCUGCCGGGCGCAUGUCGUGCAGCGUCAGCAGGACAGGUGACGGAGGUGAUACGGGCAGUGCAGACAAAACACCAACGGACGCGCAAAGGGCAGGUAGCCUGUGUCGAUGUCGCGGAUGAUCAGGCGCAUUUCAUAGUGGAGCUGGACGGUGACGCUGAAUUUCCGCAGCGGCAAGCGGAUGAUAUUGCGCAGAAAAUUGUUGCGUCUUUGCAUAAGGCGCUGAUUGGUCGUCUCCCGAGCAUCCUGCGCGCGGUGAAGGCUCCCGUUGAACAUUUGCGUAUCUCUGGGACAUCGGAUGACUCGCGUGCCCUGGGCGUGGACGAAUGGCAGGAAGUGUUCGCCCAUCUGGACACGCUGACACAGACCAGACUGCGCGCUGUAUGUCCAGCCUGGGACGCUAUCCUGGACACUCCGCUUCUGACGGCCAACAUCAUCAUCCAGACCGUGGGUGGCGAGCGUCUACCUGGUCUUCAAUACACUCUCACAGCGCCCAUCUUCAAAUGCCUGCACUCCUUCACCAAGCGCGUUAUCAUCCAUGACCGCCAACACAUCAUCCGAAUGGCGGAAUUUCUGACUAUGCUGGACAUGCUUCACUUCGUGGCACGGACCCGUCCCGAGAUCCGACUAAGAGCGCUGUACACGGUGGGCGUUACGAAAUUGACCUCAGAACCGGAUCUCGACCGUGACAUCAUGGAACCGGAGGCCUGCGACGUGCACAAUCCCGACAACGGGUAUUUUGAGGGUCACCUGGAGGGUUUAAUCGCAACAUGCCGCGGUCUACCGUGUAGCGCCAUGCAUCUGGUGGGGUGCCGGGUGCGACUGCGCUACGAUCUGUCGGGACUGUUACAGAAAUGGGAUGCGUUUCUACUCCUGGAUGUCGACAUGGCCAGGACGCGUCUGCUGCUAAACGGGGAUGUGGCAUCCACGGUGUGGAACGCGGUGGAAGCGGCGCUGCCGGCCCCCAGCGGGGACGAGAUUCGGACACUGUCAGAUUGGUUGGCGACCAUCGCGCGGGAGGAGAACCAAGAGCUGAAUCGCACGGCCGUCUGUAAAGUGUUGUGCACGACGCAUACCGCGGAUCCGCGUCCGUCAUUGCAGUACCGUGGGAAGAAAUGGUGCGCGGAUGGACUGCAGGAUCUGCGUCUGGAGAAGCUGUCUCGCACUACACUGCGCUUUCUGCUACUCCUGCACAGCUGCCUUGCUAAAUCUGAUGAAUGGGCCGAUUAACUUGUUCAGCAGUGUCGGUGUCUUGCGAUUAUUUUUGGUUUUGUCACUUUUCUAAGGUUUGCUGGGUUUUUCUUGCUCCUACGGGCAUUCGAGUUUCGCGGCCCGGUGUUGUGCUGCCUUUUGCAGAGCUUCGUGGUUGUAAUUUCAACGAAAAGAAUUCUAAUA